GGCGCCAGGCGCUGGAGCUGCGGGCUCAGGGCGAGGAGUAGCUAGCAGCUGGAGCCGAGUUGGAGGAAGCAGCGGCAGGCGGCAGCGGCGAGUACGGCUGUGCAGCCAAAGGACCAGGACAGCGAAGCUCCGGCAGGUCGCAGCUGGAUCGCAGGAGCCUGGGAGCUGUAAGCUUGAGAGGCCUCUGAAGCCCAGGCCGGGCAGAGGAAGGAAGCGAGCCGACCCGGAGGUGAAGCCGAGAGUGGAGCGUGGCAGUAAAAUCAGACGACAGAUGGACAGUGUGACAAGAACGUCAGAGAGGAUUGGGCCUCGCUGCGAGAGUCAGCCUGGAGUCAAGGUGUUGACAAGCUGCUGAGAAGGACACGUGGGAGGACGGUGGCGCGCAGAGGGAGAGCCCUGUCUUCAGUCACACCAUUGAUGGAGGACAGAUGGACAGCCGGAUGGCCAGUCACCUCCCUUAAGCCUUUGGAUAGUGGUCCUUUGUGCUCUGUUGGACGCCUCUUAGGGAUUUUAGCCCAUUCUCUGAACUCGCUUUCCCUCCAAACGUAAACUCAGACGGCAGUGUGCAAGCCGUGGGCUCCUCUGUGGCAGGGCACCAGAGCUGCAGACAUGAGCGCAGAGGGGUACCAGUACCGAGCACUGUAUGACUACAAGAAGGAGCGAGAGGAAGACAUCGACCUACACUUGGGGGACAUACUGACUGUGAAUAAAGGCUCCUUGGUGGCCCUUGGAUUCAGUGAUGGCCAGGAAGCCAGGCCUGAAGAUAUUGGCUGGUUAAAUGGUUACAAUGAAACCACCGGGGAGAGGGGAGACUUUCCAGGAACUUACGUUGAAUACAUUGGAAGGAAAAGAAUUUCUCCCCCCACUCCCAAGCCUCGGCCCCCUCGACCUCUUCCUGUUGCUCCGGGUUCUUCAAAAACUGAAGCAGACAUGGAGCAUCAAGCCUUGACCCUUCCUGAUCUGGCCGAGCAGUUUGCCCCUCCUGAUGUUGCCCCGCCUCUCCUUAUAAAACUCCUGGAAGCCAUUGAGAAGAAAGGACUGGAAUGUUCGACUCUAUACAGAACACAGAGCUCCAGCAACCCUGCAGAAUUACGACAGCUUCUCGAUUGUGACGCCGCCUCAGUGGACUUGGAAAUGAUCGACGUACACGUUUUAGCGGAUGCUUUCAAGCGCUAUCUCUCGGACUUACCAAAUCCUGUCAUUCCAGUAGCUGUUUACAAUGAGAUGGUGGCUGCAGCCCAAGACGUACAAAGCUCUGAAGACUGCAUCCACCUGUUGAAGAAGCUCAUUAGGUCGCCUAAUAUACCUCAUCAGUAUUGGCUUACGCUCCAGUAUUUGCUCAAGCAUUUCUUCAAGCUCUCCCAAGCCUCCAGCAAAAAUCUUUUGAACGCAAGAGUCCUCUCUGACAUUUUCAGCCCCGUGCUCUUCAGAUUCCCAGCAGCCAGCUCCGAUAAUACUGAACACCUCAUAAAAGCGAUAGAGAUUUUAAUCUCAACGGAAUGGAAUGAGAGACAGCCAGCACCAGCACUGCCCCCCAAACCCCCCAAGCCCACCACUGUAGCCAACAACAGCAUGAACAACAAUAUGUCCUUGCAGGAUGCUGAAUGGUACUGGGGAGAUAUCUCAAGGGAAGAAGUGAAUGAAAAACUCCGAGAUACCGCUGACGGGACCUUUUUGGUACGAGACGCAUCUACUAAAAUGCACGGUGACUACACUCUUACACUAAGGAAAGGAGGAAAUAACAAAUUAAUCAAAAUCUUUCACCGAGAUGGAAAAUAUGGCUUCUCUGAUCCAUUAACCUUCAACUCUGUGGUUGAAUUAAUAAACCACUACCGGAAUGAGUCUUUAGCUCAGUACAAUCCGAAGCUGGAUGUGAAGCUACUCUACCCAGUGUCCAAAUACCAGCAGGACCAAGUUGUCAAAGAAGAUAAUAUUGAAGCUGUAGGGAAAAAAUUACAUGAAUAUAAUACUCAAUUUCAAGAAAAAAGUCGGGAAUAUGAUAGAUUAUAUGAGGAAUACACCCGUACUUCCCAGGAAAUUCAAAUGAAAAGAACAGCUAUUGAAGCAUUUAAUGAAACCAUAAAAAUAUUUGAAGAACAAUGCCAAACCCAGGAGCGGUACAGCAAAGAAUACAUAGAGAAGUUUAAACGGGAAGGCAACGAGAAGGAAAUUCAAAGGAUUAUGCAUAAUCAUGAUAAGCUGAAGUCUCGUAUCAGUGAGAUCAUUGACAGUAGGAGGAGACUGGAGGAGGACUUGAAGAAGCAGGCAGCUGAGUAUCGGGAGAUCGACAAGCGUAUGAACAGUAUUAAGCCGGACCUCAUUCAGUUGAGAAAGACGAGAGACCAAUACUUGAUGUGGCUGACGCAGAAGGGUGUUCGGCAGAAGAAACUGAACGAGUGGCUGGGGAACGAGAACACUGGAGACCAAUACUCACUGGUUGAAGAUGAUGAGGAUUUGCCCCACCACGACGAGAAGACGUGGAAUGUCGGGAGCAGCAACCGAAACAAAGCCGAGAACCUACUGCGAGGGAAGCGAGACGGCACGUUCCUCGUCCGGGAAAGCAGUAAGCAGGGCUGCUACGCCUGCUCUGUAGUGGUGGACGGCGAAGUCAAGCAUUGCGUCAUCAACAAGACUGCCACCGGCUAUGGCUUCGCUGAGCCCUACAACCUGUACGGCUCCCUGAAGGAGCUGGUGCUCCAUUAUCAACACACCUCCCUCGUGCAGCACAAUGACUCCCUCAAUGUCACACUAGCAUACCCAGUAUAUGCACAACAGAGGCGAUGAAGCGCUGCCCUCGGAUCCAGUUCCUCUCCUUCAAGCCACCCAAGGCCUCUGGGAAGCUAAGGGCUCCUCUCCAGCCCGACCUGUGAACUGAGCUGCAGAAACGAAGCAGGCUGUCUGCACACGGGACUAGAGCUUUCUUGGACAAAAAAGAAGUCGGGGAAGACACGCAGCCUAGGGCUGUUGGAUGACCAGACGUUUCUAACCUUAUCCUCUUUUUUUCUUUUAAUUUAAAAGCCACAAUACACAUCCAACACACAGAGAAAAAGAAAUGCAAAAAAAUCUCUCCGUGUAGGGACAAAGAGGCCUUUAACCAUGGUGCUUGUUAAUGCUUUCUGAAGCUUUACCAGCUACAAGUUGGGACUUUGGAGACCAGAAGGUAGACAGGGCUGAAGAGCCUGCGCCUGGGGCUGCUUGGUCCAGCCUGGUUUAGCCUGGGUGUCGCUGGGUGUGGUGAACCCAGACACAUCAUACUGUGGAUUAUUUGCUUUUUAAACGAACGAACGAUAUGUAUCAGAGAGCCACGUCUGCUCACACAGGACACUUCGAGAGAACAUUGAUGCAGUAUGUUUGGGGGAAAAAACAAAAACACCAGAAAACGGUCUGUUUGAACUUGUCAAAUCAACAACCCACCAAGAGAAAAAGGAGUGUGGACAAGGGGACUUAUAGUGACAUUUAGUAUAUAAAAUAUGUAUAUAAUAUUGGGUGACUAUCAAAUAGAUGGAUUUGUAUCAAUACCAAAUAGCUUCUGUUUUGUUUUGCUGAAGGCUAAACGUGCAGCGCUAUGCAAUUCUUAAUUUUUAUUAUGUUGUUACCAGUUUAGAAUACACCUUCAGAAUAAGCUUCCCUCAUCCCCGGUUUUUGUUGCUUGAAAAUAUCGUCCCUGAUUUUUGUUAAUAUUUGUUUUUGUUAUUCUUACUUUUUUUUUU